CUGAGCUCUGUGCCCUGUAACAGCAUCAUCAGUACAGAAGCAGCUCCGCAGGAUCUGGGAUAAAAAUAAAUAAACAAAUAAAUCCUUCUAAAGCGUCGGAGUCACGGUGCUGCGACAUGGACGAGCAAAAGGAGUCUCUCCACAAGAUCGUCAACACGUUGGCGCUGAAAAAUGAGGAGAUCCAGAACUUCAUCUGCUGCCUGAAGCAAAAUCUGCAGAACCUGGAGGCAAACUCCACCCGUGUUCAGGAGGAUCUGGAGUCGGAGUUCAGCUCUCUGCAUGCUGUUCUGGACGAGCUGAAGGAGGGAAUGGUGACCCGAAUCAAACAGGAGCGAGCCAGUCGCACGUAUGAGCUGCAGAAUCAGCUGAGCGCCUGUACAAAAGCCCUGGAGAGCUCCGAGGAGCUGCUGGAAGUGGCCAAUCAAACACUCUGCUCGUCUGAGACGGAUGGCUUCACUCAGGCGGCUAAAGACAUAAAGGAUAGUGUUACCAUGGCCCCAGCCUUUCGCAUCUCUUUAAAAGCUAAAGUGAGUGACAGUAUGAGUCACCUGAUGGUGGACUUCACUCAGGAGCGUGAGGUGCUGCAGGCCAUCAAGUUCCUCCCAGUUCCUGCUACUCCAGAGAUCCAGGAGUCCGAGUGUCAGGUGUGCGAUAACUCCGUCACGGUGCUGUGGACUUUACCGGAACCGGACUCGAAAAUCGACCACUACAUCCUCGAGUACCGGCGAACGAACCACGAGGGGCCGCCGCGCGCUCGAGAGGAGCAUCCCUGGAUGGUGGUGGAGGGGAUUAAAGAGACGGAGUACACGCUCACAGGCCUUCGCUUCGACACGCGCUACAUGACGUUUCGGGUGAAGGCGUGUAAUAAAGCUGUAGCAGGAGAGUUCUCCGAGCUGGUUACUCUGGAGACACAUGCGUUCGUGUUUAAGCUGGACGCGGGUUCGGCCCACCAGAACCUGAAGGUGGAGGACCUGAGCGUGGAGUGGGACAGUAGCGGAGGGAAAACGCCGAUCCAGGACAUCCGCAAGGAAAAGAGCAGGACCAGCUCUCCUAUGCACUCUCCGGCCAGGACGGCCAUGAUGUCUCCGAAGAGAGCGCCGUCAGCCCGGGUGGGUCGAGACCGCUUCACGGCCGAGUCCUACACUGUUCUGGGUGACACCAUGAUUGAUUCAGGGCAGCACUACUGGGAGGUUCGGUUCGAUAAAGAGAGCAAGGCGUUCGCUGCGGGCGUGGCACUGCGUUCGCUCGGCCGCUUCGAUCAGCUCGGGAAGAGCAGCGCCUCCUGGUGCGUCCACCUGAACAACUGGCUGCAGCAGAGCCUCAGCGCCAAGCAUAACAACAAGGCCCGCACGCUGGACUGCCCCAUCCCCGAGCGCAUGGGCGUCUACUGCAACUACGACGAGGGCACAGUGUCUUUCUACAACGCCAAAACCAAAACACUUCUGCAUUCCUUUAGGACCAAGUUCCAGCAGCCGGUUAUUCCAGCUUUUAUGGUGUGGAACGGGAGUUUCUCGGUUCAGACGGGUCUGCAGGUUCCCACCAUAGUGCAGUGCGGCCAGAAAAGGAACAGCAACGCCAGCAGCUCCAACGCUAGCCUUACCUAGACCUCCACUCGCCCUCCUCCACCGUCUUCCUCCACUGCUUUGUAGAACUGUUGCCUGUCACUCAGGCUCUUAGCAGCAGCGGAAAGUACACACAUUUGUUUUUUUUGUUUGUUUUUUUUGCUCCGGUGUCUGGAAAUGGAGAGAAGAAAAGAGAGAAGCACCAGCUAUCUGUGCCUUUCAGCUUUCUCAUUUCAUCCAUGAACUUGUGAGACUUACACACAGCAGUAUGACUGUACUUAUGUUGCAUGGUUCUGUCAAGUCAUUUUGUGUCACUGACGACAAAAGCGAGGUGACAUUUAGGCUGUUUACAUCUUGAAAUGUUCUCACAUAUACACCAAAAUGUGCGAGGUGAAUUAGUUUACACGCGAGAGUUUGUAGGUGUAUGUGAGGUAAAAUUGCGAACAAGGGUUACUUUGUGAAUUCUGUGCAAGAGUAUGUUGUGGGUGUUUUUGUGUGAAUGCGAAAGCGUUUUUGUGGGUAUAUAUGAGGUAAAAUUAAAUGCAAGUGUUUUUGCUCAAAUGCAAGUGCAUUUUGUGGGUGUAUCUGAGGUAUAAUUGUGACUGUGAGUCUUUCUUUGUGAAUGUGAGAGCAUUUGUGAGCCUAUUUGAGUAUAAGCGUGAGGGGGAACAUUGUGAAAGCAAGUGAUUUUGUAUGAACGCGAGAGCAUUUUCUAGUUGUAUGUAUGAGGUAAAAUUGUGAAUGCAUGCGUUUUUGGGUGAAUGUGCGAGGAUUUUGUGGGUAUAUCUGAGGUAAAAUAUUGCGAAUGUGAAAGCAUUUUGUGGGCAUGUGUUUUUGUGUGAAUGUGUGAUUAUGUGGGUAUAUCUGAGGUAAAAUAUUGCGAAAGCAUUUUGUGGGCAUGUGUUUUUGUGUGAAUGUGUGAUUAUUUUGUAGGUAUAUCUGAGGUAAAAUAUUGCGAAUGCGAAAGCAUUUUGUGGGCAUGUGUUUUUGUGAGGAUGUGUGAUUAUUUUGUGGGUAUAUCUGAGGUAAAAUAUUGCGAAAGCAUUUUGUGGGCAUGUGUUUUUGUGUGAAUGUGUGAUUAUUUUGUGGGUAUAUCUGAGGUAAAAUAUUGCGAAUGCGAAAGCAUUUUGUGGGCAUGUGUUUUUGUGUGAAUGUGUGAUUAUUUUGUGGGUAUGUCUGAGGUUAAAUAUUGCGAAAGCAUUUUGUGGGCAUGUGUUUUUGUGUGAAUGUGUGAUUAUUUUGUGGGUAUGUCUGAGGUUAAAUAUUGCAAAUGCGAAAGCAUUUUGUGGGCAUGUGUUUUUGUGUGAAUGUGUGAUUAUUUUGUGGGUAUAUCUAAGGUAAAAUAUUGCGAAAGCAUUUUGUGGGCAUGUGUUUUUGUGUGAAUGUGUGAUUAUUUUGUGGGUAUGUCUGAGGUAAAAUAUUGCGAAUGCGAAAGCAUUCUGUGGGCAUGUGUUUUUGUGUGAAUGUGUGAUUUAUUUUGUGGGUAUAUCAGGUAAAAUAUUGCGAAUGCGAAAGCAUUUUGUGGGCAUGUGUUUUUGUGUGAAUGUGUGAUUAUUUUGUGGGUAUAUCUGAGGUAAAAUAUUGUGAAUGCGAAAGCAUUUUGUGGGCAAGUGUUUUUGUGUGAAUGUGUGAUUAUUUUGUGGGUAUGUCAGGUUAAAUAUUGCGAAAGCAUUUUGUGGGCAUGUGUUUUUGUGUGAAUGUGUGAUUAUUUUGUGGGUACAUCUGAGGUUAAAUAUUGUGAAUGCGAAAGCAUUUUGUGGGCAUGUGUUUUUGUGUGAAUGUGUGACUAUUUUGUGGGUAUGUCAGGUUAAAUAUUGCGAAAGCAUUUUGUGGGCAUGUGUUUUUGUGUGAAUGUGUGAUUUUGUAGGUAUAUCUGAGGUAAAAUAUUGCGAAUGCGAAAGCAUUUUGUGGGCAUGUGUUUUUGUGAGGAUGUGUGAUUAUUUUGUGGGUAUAUCUGAGGUAAAAUAUUGCGAAUGAGAGCAUCUUGUGGGAAUGUGUUUUUGUGUGAAUGUGUGAUUAUUUUGUGGGUAUAUCUGAGGUAAAAUAUUUGCGAAUGCGAAAGCAUUUUGUGGACAUGUGUUUUUGUGUGAAUGUGUGAUUACUUUGUGGGUAUAUCUGAGGUAAAAUAUUGGCGAAAGCAUUUUGUGGGCAUGUGUUUUUGUGUGAAUGUGUGAUUAUUUUGUGGGUACAUCUGAGGUUAAAUACUGUGAAUGCGAAAGCAUUUUGUGGGCAUGUGUUUUUGUGUGAAUGUGUGAUUAUUUUGUGGGUAUGUCAGGUUAAAUAUUGCGAAAGCAUUUUGUGGGCAUGUGUUUUUGUGUGAAUGUGUGAUUUUGUAGGUAUAUCUGAGGUAAAAUAUUGCGAAUGCGAAAGCAUUUUGUGGGCAUGUGUUUUUGUGAGGAUGUGUGAUUAUUUUGUGGGUAUAUCUGAGGUAAAAUAUUGGCGAAAGCAUUUUGUGGGCAUGUGUUUUUGUGUGAAUGUGUUAUUAUUUUGUAGGUAUAUCUGAGGUAAAAUAUUGCGAAUGCGAAAGCAUUUUUUGUGGGCAUGUGUUUUUCUGUGAAUGUGUGAUUAUUUUGUGGGUAUAUCUGAGGUAAAAUAUUGUGAAUGCGAAAGCAUUUUGUGGGCAUGUGUUUUUGUGUGAAUGUAUGAUUAUUUUGUGGGUACAUCUGAGGUAAAAUAUUGCGAAUGUGAAAGCAUUCUGUGGGCAUGUGUGAGGUCAAAUUGUGAGUGCGAGUGUUUUUUUUGCGUGUGUGUGUGAACACGAGAGCAAUUUAUGGAAAUGAAAGGUAAAUGCGAGUGUGAGAGCAUUUUAUGUAUUACUUAAGGACAUUUUGUGGGUGUGGAGGGAUAACAUUUGACGAACAGCCUGAAUGCCACCUCAUAGCAAACCAAAAUAUUAUAUAUUUAUAUAUUUUCUUUUCUUUUUUUUUUUUUUUUAAACUUCUAACGAGUUCCUUGUGUCUGCUCGGCCAUUUAAACCAUUUCAGUUGACUGUCCUGUUGUGUGGCUUUGUUUGAACACAUUUUUGCACUGAAUGUCUUUUACUCAUGAGGCGUCUAAUUCUGCUGAAUGCUUCUCAAGUGAAGUUCGCGUUAUAUUAUAUUCAGAACCAAUUUAGCACACUAACUUAAUGCUCGUAGUUAAACGAUUCCUAUCGGAUAUAUACAACAUUGUUGUUCCAGCAGACGUCCAUAUGGAGGGGUGGAAGGGACCACAAUAGACGAAAAGUGUGUAUGAUUGUGUGUAUGAGUGUGUGUGUGUAUGUGAGAGACGAUGUACCUUAGUGUAUUGCUGCCUUUGUAAAGGCGAAGUUUUUACGCUUGCGGCGAACAGGUCGUACUUGUUUUUGUUGCACACAGAUGUCGGACAUAGGCGAAAAUUCCAGUUACCUCCACAAAUAUGUACACUAUUUUAUCAUGUUUUUCAGAUGACGUGCGCGGUGAUCAUGUUACUAGAUAUUACACUCUGCUGUUCGGUUUUUAUUCUCGCUAACAGUCUACUGCGACGUACUAUACAUCUCUGUAUAUAAACCAUUAAUGCUUUAAUGCUGAAACUGUCGUAUUAUAACACGCUGUAACGUCUUCAAUCUUCCUCGUGUUGUACUGCUGAGCAAGGUAAUAAAACACUCAGACAGCCAUUUGCGGUUGUUUGCGCAUGUUAACAACCUUUUUAAAGACUUCAUCCCAGUUACAGUUUCGAGCUAGUUAUCAGAGAGAUGUUUUAUCUACUGCAGUAAUAUGUUGUCACAGCGACAGUUUGAUUCAUACCUGAAAUGACCUGAUGCUUAAUACAACCCCAAUUCCGAAAAAGUCGGGACAGUACGGAAGAUGCAAAAAAAACAAAAACAAAAAGAAUCAUUUGAAACUUGAGUUCACGCUGUGCUAUAUUGAAGACACAUUAUUAACACAUUAGUCGAUGUUUUACUUUGGGAAUUGAAUUUAUUUUUGAAAAUAUACACGCCUUUCAAAUCUGAUGACUGCAACACACUUCAAAACAGUUGGGACAGUCGACUGUUUACUGCUGUGUAACGCCCCCAUACCAUGACAGACGCUGGGUUUUGGACCUGACGCUGAUAACAGCUCGGACGGUCCUUUUCCUCUUUGGCCUGGAGAACACGACGGCCGUUUUGUCCAAAAACCAUUUGAAACUUCGUCUCGUCGGACCACAAAACACGAUUCAACUGUUCUACUGUCCAUCUCUGAUGAGACCGAGCCCAGAGAAGUCGGCGUCGUUUCUGGACAGUGUUGACUUGCAGCUUCUGCUUUGCAUAGUAAAGCCUUAACUUGCAUCUGUGGAUGCAGCGGCGAAUCGUAUCGACUGACAAAGCGUUACCAAAAUAUUCCCGAGCCAUGUCAGGAUCUCCAUUACAGUCUCGUGACUCUUGAAGGACUAGGCCUUUUAUGGAGGCUCCUUAUAUACUAUGAUUAGACGAUCGCCUCACCUGUUUCACAUCACCUUUUUAUUUCAACUUGUCACAUCGCUAUGCGCUAUUAAAUCACCCCUGUCCCAACUUUUAUAGUAAGUGUUGCGUGCAUCAAUUUCAAAAUAAACUUUCAUCUUCAAAAAAACUAUGGAGAUGAGUAGAUAAAACAUCAAAUACCUCGUCUUUAUACAUUUUUUUGUUUGUUUGUUUAAAUACAAGUCACAGUACAUUUACAAAAUCACUCCUUUUUUGUUUUUAUUAGCAUUUUCCACACUGUCCCAACUUUUCCGGAACUGGGGUUGUAGUAUAAUGAAUAUGAUAGUUUGGCAGCAACAAGCUACCAUAUUGUCAGAAGACUUAGUUGCAGCAUUAGUUACCUCUGGCUAUUACAAAGCCAGCCCUGGCACUGGAGACUCCUUCCAUAAAUGUUCAAUAAAGAUAAUCUUCUUAACAUA